UCCAGGGAUCCAGACCCGGGAAAAACGUCCAGUUGACAGAGAAUGAGAUCCGAGGACUUUGUCUGAAAUCCCGAGAGAUCUUCCUCAGUCAACCCAUCCUGCUGGAACUUGAAGCUCCCUUGAAAAUCUGUGGUGACAUCCAUGGCCAAUACUAUGACCUGCUACGUCUGUUUGAGUACGGUGGGUUUCCCCCGGAGAGUAACUACCUGUUCCUGGGAGACUACGUGGACCGUGGCAAGCAGUCCCUGGAAACGAUCUGUUUGCUGUUAGCCUACAAGAUAAAAUAUCCGGAAAACUUCUUCCUGCUGCGAGGGAACCAUGAGUGUGCAAGCAUCAACCGCAUCUACGGCUUCUACGAUGAGUGUAAAAGACGCUACAAUAUCAAACUGUGGAAAACCUUCACCGACUGUUUCAACUGUCUGCCCAUUGCUGCGAUUGUCGAUGAGAAAAUCUUCUGUUGUCAUGGUGGCCUCUCGCCGGACCUGCAGUCGAUGGAACAGAUCCGUCGGAUAAUGAGACCGACAGAUGUCCCAGACCAGGGGCUGCUGUGCGACCUGCUCUGGUCUGACCCCGACAAGGAUGUGCAAGGCUGGGGGGAGAAUGAUCGAGGCGUCUCCUUCACUUUCGGGGCUGAGGUCGUUGCCAAGUUCCUUCACAAACACGACUUGGAUCUAAUCUGCAGAGCCCACCAGGUUGUGGAGGAUGGUUACGAAUUCUUCGCCAAGAGACAGUUGGUCACGCUCUUCUCUGCCCCAAACUACUGUGGUGAGUUCGACAAUGCGGGAGCCAUGAUGAGUGUCGAUGAAACUUUGAUGUGCUCCUUCCAGAUUCUGAAACCAGCCGAUAAAAACAAGCCGAAAUAUAACCAGUUUGGGGGCUACAAUCCGAGUGGGAGACCGGUCACACCUCCACGGAACUCCACCAAAGCCAAGAAAUGAAUGUCAGCACGUCCUGACUGAACAAUGUGCAAAUUACUGAGAUUCUUCUCCUGUUCACCCCUCUCCCUCUCACCUUUUCACUUUCCCUCUCUCUCUCUCUCCGCCUCUCUCUCCGCCUCUCUCUCCGCCUCUCUCUCCGCCUCUCUCUCCGCCUCUCUCUCUCCGCCUCUCUCUC